AUGUCUGGCAGUGGAUAUGCAUCCACUUCUCUCAGCACAUCGAAGACAUCGAUGAUGUUCGGCAGUGGACAACCAGCGGCGGAGGACUAUCAAAAAGAGUUUUUAAUUGAAUAUGGAUUGGAACAAAAAGUACAGGGCAUAACGUUGGAUAAUACGAAUUCAAAUAAUACUUUUAUGCACGAAUUGGAAAUGCUCAUGAUGUCGAUAGAUAAAGAUUUUUCAGCAGGAGAUAUGCAUUUUAGGUGUUUCUCGCAUAUUAUUAAUUUAGGUGUACACGAUUUUUUAUUUCAGUUGAAACUCGCAAACAACUCUUACUUUGAAGAAAAUGAUAACGUCGAUGACUGUGACAGCAAUCAUACUGUUGAAACUACGAAUUCUGAAAUCGAAAAAUGUUCUUGCGUAACUGUAGGAAUAGAAAUGUUAGCUCCGUGUAUUGAUUGUACUACCCGCUGGAAUUCAUCUUGCGAUAUGAUUGACAAAGGUUUGAAACUAGAAAAGGCUUUAAUUUUGUUAUGCGAUACUAACAUAGAUCUUCAAUCUUUUCAAUUAACAGACCGCGAUUGGUCUCUUUUAAGAACGUCAGUGAAAUAUUUGCGACUUUUUAAAUCUCUUUCCAAUAUUUUAUGUGGAGAAAAGUACAUUACAAUUCCACUGGUUAUAAUAGGAUUUAACAUGUUAAUCGAUAAAUUGGAAAAAUCUAUUAACGAUCUGAAUUUAAGGAAAAAUAAAAGUUGGGCUGAAACAAGUGUUGAAAGAGCUCUUCAAUCUGCUUACAUUAAAUUAAUGAAACAUUAUUCAAAAACAAAUUGGAUAUAUUGUGCUAUAUUAAUGUUUGAUCCACGGCAUAAACAAGAAACCUUUUAUUUAACACCUUGGGGCAAGGAGAUGGCGAAAUGGGCAAUAGAAAAAUUUGAACAAAUCUAUAGGAGCAGAUAUUAUCGAAUCGAAAAUAACGAAUUGGAAAAAAGUCAAUCAAUCGAUUUAGAUAGUGACGAUGAAAUUAAUCCAUCUUCGUUGUUCACAUCUAGUGAUCAGAAAUUUAGUACUUCUCUUGAUGGUAAAACUGUUAAAGAAAAUUGGCGAAAUGAAAUCGAUUAUUAUUUAAGUUUAAAACGAGCGGAUAAAAAUGAAGAUGUUCUAAAAUGGUGGCAAAAAUAUGAGCACAAGUUUCCAAAUUUGUCGCGGAUGGCAAAAGACUUCUUGAGUAUCCAAGCUACUUCUGUGCCAGUUGAGAGGUUAUUUUCACGUGCUUCUCUUACAAUAAGAAAGCAUAGAAACUCAUUGGGAAAAAGCACUGCACGUCAACUUCUAUGUCUAAACAGUUGGACCUCUCUGAAUCAAUUUUCUGUUUUUAAAUUAUCGACCUAA